CUAAAUUCUGGAUAAGAAUAAUAAGGUCUUGAGCACACACAUACUACAAACACCUUAACAUUUCUUCUUCUACUCCGGGCAAGCGUCAUUAUCUCGUUAGGCGGUGAAUCUCGCUUAACGGUGACGGACGUUACGCGCUUCGCGAAGUCGCAAUCACCCUCGACCCUGACCCUGAUUUCAGCCUUAUUCAUAUAGGACUGAUCAAAGAAUGGCGAGUACAAACCCUGAAGUGGAGGCCUUAAUCCCCCAGUUCAAACUGGAGAAGCUUCUCAACCAAGAUCAAGCCGGUCGUCGGAUAAUUCUACUGGGAACCAUCCAAGAUAAGCACUCGAUCUUGCUUGCCGAGCGAGCUGCAUUUUCCAUUGAGAAGGUACAGCUGGAGAGCUUCAGUACUUCUCUGAAGAAUGUCAAGAACCUUGGCGCAAAUGAUAUCUACAGCUGGUUCCUCGCAUCAACUUCCUCAGAACCUGACAGUUCUCAACCCCCAGACCUGAAGAUCAACUUGAUUUGGCCGUGCACUGAGAAGCAUAUCAAGAAGUACUCUCAACAGGGCAUUCGCCUUGUAACCGAAACGCCGGAAAUUUACAAGAACAACGUCCGGCCCUACAUUGAGAAGCAGCGAGGUGAGGGCAGAUUAGACUGGAUUUUUAAUAUCAUCGAAGGGCGUACGGAGCAAGAAGAUGUGUUUUACAGGGAACAUGGAGAGGAAGGAUUCCUUGUACUACCAGAUCUCAACUGGGACCGGAAGACUAUGACGAGCCUGCACCUUCUAGGGCUCGUUGAGCGCAGAGACAUCUGGUCUGUAAGGGACUUGCAGAAGAAACACAUCACAUGGCUUCAACACAUGCGCGAGAAGCUGCUGGAAGCAACUGUGAAACUGUACCCAGAGUUGGAAAAAGACCAAUUAAAACUCUACAUUCACUAUCAACCCACCUAUUACCACUUCCACAUACACAUUGUGCACGUGGCUCUCGAAGCAGGCGCGACCCAAGCCACUGGCAAGGCUCUUGGCCUUGAAAACAUCAUUGGCCAGCUGGAGACUAUAGGAGGAGCGGACGAGGCUGCAGGAAUGGCGGAAGUUUCACUGACAUACACUGUAGGUGAAGCAAGCGAAUUGUGGACCGAGAUAUUUCAGCCUUUGAGAAAGGGUGCCUAAAGGCUCGUAGGUAAUCUUCAAUGAUUUGGCAAGGCGUGGGAUUGCCAAGAGAGCCAAGGUUUGACUUAAAUUUGAGCCUCUUUAUACGCG